AUGCAGGUGGCUUACAAUGCAGGUGGCUUGCAAUGCACAGUACUUGGUCAACGACUAAUUGAUGAACAAUGUAUAUAUCAGGUUGUCCGGAAAUUUCUGGGCGUUCGAGCAUUGUUCGGUAUUGCCAUGGGUGGUAUCUACGGCAAUUGUGCCGCUUCAGCACUGGAGGAUGCACCCAUUGCCGCACGUGGUCUGCUGUCAGGUCUGCUACAGCAGGGUUACGCACUCGGUUAUCUUCUUGCCGCCGCCUUCAAUUUGGCAAUCACGGACAACCAACCUCACAGUUGGCGAGCACUUUUCUGGUUCGGAGGCUGUCCCCCGAUGCUUAUUGUGCUAUGGCGCAUCUUCUUACCCGAGACACAAACGUUUCUCCGUGUUAAGGAAGCGCGUGCAGCUAACGCGGUGAAAGGUGAGUUAAACUUCAAUCCAGAUGUCGAACCAUUUCUGCAUGUAGAAGAUGUACGACACGGUUUUGAACUCUCUAAUCGUAUGUCUUCUGUCAUACAGAAAUUGGUUCCAUAUCUGGCAUUAGCCGUUGAUGCCAAUGUUUUCAAUUAUAGAUGGAACUGA